CGUGUGUUCGCGUUUUCAAGGGAUUCCUUUUGCUAAUUGAUCUUCCGAAAAGUUCCAUUUUCCCUAAAGAAACAUGUCAGAAAACCGCCUUCGAAACUUCAAGAACAAAGGAAAGGAUACUGGUGUAAGUUUGCUGAUAAUAUUGUUGACGAAUCGAAUUUUUUUUGGCAGUUGUGAAAGCGACAAAACGCGAAGCUAAUCGAGCUCAAUCGAAUAUGGGAUAAUUUAGGAUAAUUUGAACAGAGGUAUGGUGUAUGCUUUUGUGGUUAUUCAUGUAUUAUUCCCAAUAAUGCAGCCUACUGACCUAUCUAUUCUAUUGGAGUGGGGAAAUUGGUGCAAUAUUCAGUUGAUUGCUAUGGGGAUGGCUGAAAUGUACUUGAAUCCUUUCAAAUCCACGAUCCACACAGCGUUAAAUGAUUCGCUAUCUCUCUUUAGUGCAGAUGUCCACAAGCUUGUAUUUUAUUUGCUUAACAUCAGUGGACUGAUGAAACUCAAGUUUCAAGGGUUUUUCUUACAAGUAUAAAAGCUUAUGGAGAGAGUGUUGUUCUGGAAAUUGAAAAAUCGACAUGGUGUCUCAAUUUCGUUUAAAGAAAACUUGGAACUACUGUAAAGUACAUUGCCAAUCUCCAGCUCGUGGAAGCUUUCUCAACGUACUUCUGAUUCGCUCCUCAAAUUCGCGUUUCGCUUGUGGCAUUAGCAGCCGUAUUUGAUCGUCAUGUACUCGAGAACAACUUUAAGACGGGCUCAUAAACAACUUGUAAUUUUCCGUGUCUCGAAGCCUUCGACAUCAAGCGCCUGCUAACUUUGUGAAAUAAAUGUUAAAAUAGAUCUUAACAAGCCGAACCGGAAUAAUACUUUAUUUAUAAACCUGGGUAUGGUGGUUUGUUUCAUGUAGAAGUCAUCAAUUUACGACCAGAGUAUCUCUAAGAGACUCCCUAGUUUUCCUAGUUCUUAGUGACCAUUCGUUUACGCUUGGAUCAUGCACAACAAUCAGGGCAGUCGUAUUCAAUACAUCGUAACCUAAUAUCUGACGGUUGGUUUGCAGGAACUACGACGUAGGCGUACUGAUGUUACAAUUGAGUUACGGAAGGUAACCAGUUCCUUUUUCCAGACCUGGGAAUUUAUAAUUAUGAUGCAUAUCUUUAACUGCAUUAAAUGUUGUAGAGGAGAGGGACCUAGUUAGUUUACGAUCUCUUAAAGCAAAGAUCAAUCUUUUACUAUGCUGCCUUGGAGCAGUAUUAUUUCUGUCAAUAUGAAUGCAUUCAUUUACUGCCUGACAUCCUGAAAUUCAGUUAAUUUGACAAAGGGCCAAUGUUCUAAACUUGAAGCUUUAAAAAACUCUUUACAGUGGCAAUUUUCUUCAUAAAUUCACUUGAUAAAACCAAAUUAUCUCUAAUACCCCCUAGCGACACAGCGUCACCGUUUUUCCAGAAACUUUUCCCCCUAUUUAUCUUGAGGUUCAGACCACUGGGUUGGGUGGUAAACUGGUCAGUCUUUUUAUCAAGAUAUUGCCAAGUGCCAGUUCACCAUUUAAAAUAAAAAGAUUGAAAUAAAUAGCUGUUGUUAAUAUUUCUCAGAGUAAGAGGGAUGACCAGAUUCUUAAAAGACGCAACAUCUCUCAAGGUCAAAGUGACAGUCCAUUGAAAGAAAGUAAUGGUCAGCAGGUGUGUAGUUUUGUAUUCAUUUCAGUACUUUUUACAUCCAAAAGCUAUUUUAAAAUUACUUAUGCAGCAAUUGUGUAGAAAGAAAAAAAUUGCAGUUUUAAAAGCUUUUGGAUUGUUGUUAAUCUAAAAAAGUUUGCUCUAACAGAGAAAAUCCACCAAAAUAAUAUGCCAUAAGAAUUUACUCCUUCUUUUAUCAGGUGGAAAACUCUGCAACUGAUUUAAUGGUUAAUGCAUGAAGUAUUAUUUAUUUUCUAGCUCAACCAAUAUAUCCAAUUUAUGAAUGGCCUACCAUGCAGUAACCCUCUAUGUAACUUUAAACUGUAGAAAAUUUGACAUCAUUAUAUUACUGUCUGAGUUGGUACUAUGCUACUGUGCUAGAGAAUAACAAAAAUAGUGAUGAUAGGGUUGUUAGUCAUCUGGAACUGUUAUUGUUAGUGAGAUUAAGAACUUGUUUAAAUUUUGGGGUUUUUUUUGUUUUGUUUUUGUCUUUUUUUCACUGAUCCACUAUGCUUAUUAUAUCUAUAGAUCUAAGUUUAUAAGAAUUUCAAGUCUUUGUUGCCUUCUGUCAUUUACCGGUAAUUUGCUUGUUCUAUGCAUGGUUACAUCAAUUCUAGAUAGUUGUGUUUCCUUGGGUCUCCUACAUAGUUUCCUAUCUGCAUUUGAAAUGAUUCAAAGUAGAUUAAAUGACAUUUGCGAAAGUAAAACAAAAAUUAUCAAGCAACAGCCACUAUAUAUUUUUACAUCAACAGACUUGUACUCAUCUGCCGCUUUCCACCAUUACAGAGGUAUGUAUGUUAUCAGAAAUGGCUUAAAAAGGGGUUUAUCAGAGUUACUUAGAUCCCACUAAUGCGAAAGCUCAUCUUGUGGACCAUUUUACUCCAAAAAGCAACCAAUACAUAGUUUUUCCUCAACGGUUCUGUAAUUAUAAGUUUUCAGGCAAUAAGAAUUGAUAGUUGCUUUUAGUCAGACUCCAAAAAUAGUCUCUUGUUUCUCGACACUUCCUCUGCAAUAACAUUUUUUCAACAAAACCAUGGUGAAGAGAGGUGCAUAUACUGUAAGCCUCAUCAUAUCCUACCUCUAUAUAUAGAAGACCACAGGUGAAUUCAGUUUUAAAAUCAUUCUUACAGUUGUUUGGAGUUUUUUUCAGCUUUCUUACCCUCAACUUCAGUUCAGUUACAUGGUAUCUGUAAAACUAAGACAAAUUGAAAAUUGUAUUAUAUAACUCAAAGUGAUUUUGUUUCAGUAUCUCCACUCGAAUGAGGAUAAAGCCAUAUUUGAAGCUGCUCAAAUCUCCAGGUGAUGAAACUUUUAAAGUUUCCUAAUUGUGGUUGCCUUGCAUUUUUGUUUGUGAAUUAGCUUCUGGACAAUCUCUUUAUUAUCAUGAUCUAUAUCAACUGUUAAAACUGGGAGCCAGUUGUAUCCUCAUUGCAUUUACUUCUUACCUCUCAACUGAAGGAAAACUCUUAUUUUAUUGAUUAUUAUGCUUGUUGUUUCUUUUGUUCAGGAAGAUGCUAUCAAAACACAAAAACCCUCCAAUCAAAGAUUUCAUUGAGUAAGUUGUAAUUAAAGAGUAGAUAUUAAAGAGUAGAUAAUAGCAAGAAACAGUAGCAAACAUCUUGAUGUUUUUAUCAUGUGGAAGUCAUGUGCCUUGUUCAAGGGUGUGGUGUUCUCUUAUGGUCCUGAGGCCACCUUCACCACUGUAGACUCUCUCAAUAGCAAACUGAUUUGAUUACCUUGUAUGAACAUAUUGUUUUUUAAUCUGUUUUAAACUCACACCAUAUUUAUUUCUCUACAGUGGCCCUAAUAUGGUACAAUUAAUAAUGUGAUUAACAUAGGAAAGCCCUUUUUCAAUUCAUCUCUGUAGUGCACUAUCUUUUCCAUUACUUGACCAGUAGUGUUUAUUUAUUGCCACAUUAUUUUGUUUCAGCUCUGGACUAAUCCCAAAAUUUGUGACUCUCUUGGAGAGAUUUGACAAGUAUGUUGACAAGCUUAAAUGGAUAAUUAGUUGUGCUACCCAUCCUCUUUUAAGGAAGUUUUUUUUUUUGUUUUUUUUUUUUUUUUUUUUUUUUUUUUUUUUUUUUUUUUUUUUUUUUUUUGAGAGAGAUGCUAUCAAUAAGGAUUAGGCAGGAAUUGUAUGAGGAUUUUUUUUUUCAAUGUAUGUUUUCCUGUAGUCCUUCCAUCCAAUUUGAAGCUGCUUGGGUACUCACAAACAUUGCUUCAGGCUCCUCUGAUGAGACAAAAGUUGUGGUGGAAUCAGGUUGGUCACCUUUUUCUGUUUCAUCAUUUAACUAAUUGCUGCUAGUUGCAAAAUGUGAGGCAAAUUUCUAUUGUAAUCCUUGAGAUGGAGCCAAAGGGAUUACCAGACAAACACUGAUCAUUGAGAGUGAGAAGAGUAACUGUCUUUAGGAACAAUCUGAAUCAUGAAUCCGUACUAAGCAGAAAAACUAAAAAAAAGAUUCUUAGUUUGGAUGACAGUGAUGAUAGCAGGUAUUAAUAAUGCUGACAGACAAUUUUUUUUCCUCUUAAAAGAUUGGUGAGGCAAUUAUUAACAGAAUUUAAAAUAUUAUAGAGUGCUUUGGUGUUAAUAAUGUUGAGGGUGGUUGUAUGAAGGUAAAACUUGACUAAUCAAAGAGAUGGGGUCUUUUUAAACACUUUUUAAAUAAUUUUUAAAUACCAGUUUUAAGUUGGAGACAAUUCAAGUAGUGCUAUAACUUAAUUUGAGCACGAUUUAUACCACAUGAUUUGCUACACUUGACUAUUUAUCCCAUAAACUGUUUAACUUUGAUCAAUGAAGAUACAAAUAAUGCUUCUAACUUAAAAGUUCAUUAAUACCUUAAUUUUUUUUUCUCAUCUGAAGGUGCUGUGCCCAGAUUUGUCAGGCUACUGUCAUCACCUGAGUCUCAAGUUCAAGAACAGGCUGUGUGGGCUCUGGGAAAUAUAGCAGGUAUUGUCAAUCAAUCCUGUGCAGCUAAAUAUACAGUACCUCCUUGUGUUCUAUAAUACAUGGAAAGUGAGUUAUACAAUGCAGUUACUCAUAGAUAGACUUUCAGUGAGAAAAUGUAUAGAAGAAUGAUAUUAUAUCCAGAGUAACAAGCUUUACCUACCUGUGUAACCAGGUGCAGUUCUUAAACUUGGUACUAAACAUGGAUUCAGAGUUUGUGGUUGGUUCUGGUCCUUGCUUCAAGUCUUUUUCUCCAAGUUCUCUGGUUCUCCUCUUUCCAUAAAAACAUUAUUUUAAACUUUAGUUUGACCUUGAUCCAUUAAAAAUCAAACUCAGAAAACAUAGUUAUUGUGUUAUAAUCAAUCACAUUGGAGAACAGAUCACGGAAUCUAAGUAAAAAAGCACAAACCAAUUAGCAUGACUACAUAUUCUGCAUCUCAUUACUCACCUGAUUGGUUUUUUUCUUCUCAACACAAUAAUUUUCUAAAAAUAAAUCCAGUGUUCACACAUCAAUCAGAUAGAUUGCUUGAUAUAAUUGAUGAAAAAGGCAAACCUAGUAGGAGAGUGAAUUCUCCCCUUGUAUUAAAGAUAAAAGCAGUGAGACAGACAGUUACUCAGUCCAUCUGUCUUUCCAACAAGCAGUCAGCAGUAAGCAGUCCUAAACCUUAUGGUUAGGCUGUUGGUUAAUCAAUCAGUCAGUCACUUGGCCAGUCAGUCCCUCAGAUAGUCAACAUUAUCCCUGUGAUCAUUUCUACAGAGCACUGUUGAUGAAGCAUCAUUUGACGUGUUCUGAUUCAGUUGGAUUAACAAUUUUUGUUUUGUUGUGUUUCAGGUGAUGGUCCAAAUCUUAGGAAUUUUGUUUUGGGCCAUGGUGCUUUAAGACCUUUACUGGAAUUAAUCAAACCAAACCAAAACGUAAGGCAAUGCUUUGAUCCUUUAACAUUCACCCUACACAUAAUUAUUGAACCUUAGUGUGAUUUCUAUGAAAUGUGUCAUUUUUUUGAACAGUGCAGACUCUAACAUACAUGUAGUGUGAAGCUGAGACUUCACACUUUUUACUGUAAGCUUAUUUGUAAUUGUUGUAUAUGAUUAAUUUUAUUUUUUUUCUGAUCUAUGCUUUACAGCUUCCAUUUCUUCGUAAUGUAACAUGGACACUGUCAAAUCUGUGCCGAAAUAAGAACCCACCUCCUGAGAUAGCAGCAGUUAUUGAGGUGAGGAAAACUGAACUGAAUAAGAGGCAUAAGAAUCCUUAAUAAAUUGGCAAAAGUUUUGAAAAUAGUAUUUACUGCUAUUUUUCCCUGGGUGGAUAUUCAGACUAAGAGUAUAUUGGGGGUUUGAUUAUGAAUUAGCUGCCAAUGAGUUAAUCCCUGUUUGGAGAAGUCUCUGGUUACUACACAGAACUUGGAUGACUUGAGUCUCAAACAUGGAGAAUAUUUGUCCUGUAUAACAAACUUAAUUAUAGCUAAAAUUAUUCAUAAGCAUGGGUUAUAUGUUAACACUUGAGCCUCACUGAAGAACUGAAUGCUUCAAAAUUUGACUUAAUUUUCCUUGUAGUUUUUUUUUCAAUAUCUAUUAUUUACCAGCCCAUACUCCUAUUAAAGCUGCUUCAAUUGAUUGCCCAGUUUCCUAAUAGCUGAAAUAUUUUUAUUUCAGAUCCUUCCAGCCUUGGUACUGUUGAUCAAUCAUACAGACAAAGAGGUAAAACUUAGUCUAUCCUGAAGUUCAUUCAUAUGAACUGAAAGCCACCAUCAUUUUGGGAACUUAAAAAAUAUCAUCUAUGGUAAUUUUUGCAUUUACAUGUGAAGUUUUUACUUUUCACCUCACAAAAAAUAAAAUUCUUUGUGUAUGAAUGUUGGCAUUCUUUCUCAUGUUACCUAUACUACUUAUUAAUUCUUUUUUUGUUGUUGUCUAAUUUAAUUAAAAUUUUCUUUUUUUUUCCAGAUUCUCUCUGACACUUGUUGGGGUUUGUCAUACUUGACUGAUGGAACAAAUGAUAGAAUACAAGUAAGCAACAUGUGUUUUAGGCUUGGUUACCCAGCCCUGGGCCUGUUUUGGGAAAUGAGUGCACUCUCUUCCCUUUCUCCUCCACAGGAGGAUAGAAGACCACAUUAGAGAAAAAGGUGGAAAACAAGCUUACAUGUUCUCAUAUACUUCUUGUAUGUGGUUUGAUAAACUCGUGUGAAAUCUCCAUAUCUUCAGCAACUUUUGAAAGAUCUGACUAAAGGAGCUUUACUUGUAGAAGAAUGUGGACAUGUGUGCUCAUGAUUAAGAUAGGGAUUGAUACUCAAGAACUAGCUUUAAAAAAAGGAAAAAGAACAAUCUUUGAUCCUGAUCUGGUAACAGACCAGUGGAUCCAGAAGACAGUGAACUUGGUCUAUCAUUUUUCCUACUACAGUUUGGUUGACUGGUUAAGUGUUAAGGCCAUGAGUCUUGCUCAGUCUUGUACCUAACUGCUGAACAUACAUAUUUACCUUUAUAUGUUGUGCCUUUGAAAAGAAAGGCUGUAAAUCAAAAACAUAGUCCUUAGUACCAUGUAUCUUUAACCAUUGAUUGAGUUACUGUUUGUUUUCAUGCAUUAGCUUGUAAUUGAUUCUGGAAUUCUUCUGUCCUUGAUCAAUUUAUUGGGCCACACUGAAGUAACUGUUGUGGUAAGUUUUUUUCCCAUAAAAAUAAUGGGGUACCAUACUAUAUCAUUUUACAUUUUUGUCAGUUUUUCAAGGAGCCUGUACUUAUAAAUUUAGUGUCCACUGGUUCUCCCCCUAAACCUUUCCAGAAAGAAUAAUCAUUGUCAUGUUGUCACUCACUGGUAUUGCUGUAACAAAUACAAGUAUUCAUGUAACAACUUGCUGUUCUUUCUAGACACCAGCCCUGAGAGCUGUUGGUAAUAUAGUGACAGGAUCUGAUAUUCAGACACAAGUAAGUCAUUUUCCACCAAAAUUAUGGUUCACAUUUUUCCUUGGUUUGAACAUAAAGGUUGCAUGGUUUCCUUCUGUCUCAGAAUGAUUACCAUAAGCAGAGAGGAAGAGGAACACAAAUUGGUUUAAAAAAUCUGACCAAAGUAAAAGUUAAACCACAAUAUAAACUGGACAUGAUUUGAUGCUUUUACAGAUUUAAGUAAUGGUAAUUGAAUUGAGUGGAGUGCAGUUUGGGCUGAAGUUGUACACAUGAUUUGAAAUCACAAGUAUGAUUUCAGACCAAAAUUGCACAACACAAGGUUCAAUUACCACUUUAUUACAUCCAUUUAGAAAUAACCCAAAUACAGGACUUGGUAAGUUCAAAUAUUUUAUUGAUGCAGUACUGAGCUGAUAAAUUCAUCCAUUUUUUGGAGGGAAAAAGUAAGAGUUUUGGAAACAAAAGUUGCAAAAUUUGCCACAUGAUACUCUUUGUCUUUCAUUUUCCUGCAAUUUGAUCAGUUACUUUAAACAAGCCUUGAAAUCUGAUUGGUUGUUUUGUUUUUAGUGUAACCUCCUCAUUGGCUGGGAAAAAGAUGUGAUUUAAAGCAAAAAAUGGUACCAUUUCGUGAAUAAAUCGCAUCAAUCUGAGCCAAUCAGAUUACAGGGACCACCAGUGAUUUCAAAAUGGGUGUAAUAAUGAAUUUAACUGAAGAAUAUACACAAUAUAACCUACUUGAAACAGUUACUUUAGGUUAUGUUAACUUUUGAGGGUUUCAAAUUUUACAAGGUAAAUAAGUAUUGAGUCCAAUCUGCCUGACAGUGUUUUUUGUCAUUGAGGAAAUGUAGUAUGGCACAGUGUCUCAUUUGAUGUAUCCAAUUUGAAUUUCAAUCAUGCAUUUGUAAGGAGAACAAUAACUUUAUUCAGUGCUAGUAUAAGCCAUAAAUACAGUCUAGAUUAUAUCUUAACAAAUAAGAAAAUUAUCAAGCUAUUUAAAAAGAGAGAAGUGUAGUAAGAUUGCCAAAGCCUAACCUUGUCCUCAACCUUUUUAUCAAUUUAUUUCAGUUGGUGAUAGAGAAAAAUGCCUUGUUUUUCUUUAAGAAGCUUUUGUCACACUCUAAGGCUAGCAUUGUUAAGGUCAGUGUAGAUCUAGUGAUAAAUCAGUAAUUGUAGUUGGUAACUAUGAUCAUUCUUAUUGUUUAAAAGUUCCAAGGGGAAAAAACCUUCUUGGAAUGUUUUUUCCCAGAUUUUUGUUGUCAAAUUGUAAUCCACCCAAUCAUAGCUGAAUGGGAUGAUUUUUCCCUUUUUAAUAUUGUCAUUUUGGCUCAGUUUGCAAUAUUCCAGAAAAGUUCUCCUUUCUGCUCUUUUUUUUAAUUGUGCAGUCAGUAAAACAUUUUUCAUGAAUAUUAUUCAUAGGGGAAAUUUCAUCUGAAAUUUCCACAUCAGCUUAUGAUUUUUUCCAACAGGAGGCAACCUGGGCAAUAUCAAAUAUUACAGCUGGUCCAAAAGAACAAAUUCAGGUACAAAUAAAUGUUCAGUAUCUGCUGAUUGUGACUGCAUAAAGUGAAUUAAUUGUAAAACUAUGUAGCAUGGUAUAGGACUUUUUACUUACUUUUAACUAAACUUAAAUUGUGUAGAGAUUAGUUAAUGAAACAUAUUUCUAAGAUGUUUAAGAAACCAACCAAAAGAGGGUUAUUUUUCAUGAUAGCCAUUGCAAUUAAGCCCUCUCACCCUCCCUUCCUUGGAAGAGUUUAUCAAGGUGAUAAAAUGUUUAUUGAAUAUUAACAUGUGAGUGUUAACAGACAAUUUAUUUCAAUAUUUUCAGGCUGUAAUUAAUGCAGGCUUGGUACCUUCCAUUAUAGAUGUUCUAAAGGUUUGUGACUUACAAUAUUGGCCUUAAAUUGCAAAUAAGCUAUAAACCAUUGAUAAGUGUGCUCCUCGAAUGUAAAGAGCUUUAUAAAAUUCCAAUGUGCUGUAGCAGGUUGAGUUACUAGGCUUGUGAUCAGACUUGCCUUUGAAAUUUGCAUUAAUCCCAGGGAAAGGACUUAAAGAGCCAGAAAGAGGCUGUGUGGGCCAUCACCAACUUUACAUCAGCCAGCACAAUAGACCAGGUACUGUGUUGUUUGCUCUUACAGAGAAUGCUUUACAUGUCUAUCAUGUGAAAAAUGUGGAACAGGAAUGUAACAUCUCACAGUAAUGAGAAACAUGUAUAAUGUCUUAAUAUUUAUUUGCCUUGAUUACCAAUUAAGCAGGAAAGAAAUUAUAUCUCCCAAGAAAUUCUUUAAUUCAAGGUAGCUCUCACAUAAGUACCUGUUUUGGAUUUUACUCUCUUGAAAGUUUUGGGCAAACACUCGAUGACUUGUGAUUGUAUUUUGCUGUGGUAGGGAAACUGUCUAAUUUUCUUACCUAUGUUUUGUUUCCCUUUUUUUUUUUUUUUGCUCAUGAAAGGUAAAUAGUUCUGCUCAUACCAUUCUAACCCCAAAAUUUUGAUACAUUUUUGUUUGGUUAUUUUUAUAGAUAACCUUCCUUGUUGAAAAUGGGGUUAUUGAGCCAAUGUGUAGUCUCUUGAAUUUUUUGGAUGCCAAGGUAAUGUUGUGGGUUUCACUUUGUCAUCAGUUAAUUGUGUGCUGGACUUGUAACCUGGUUGUCCUACACCCUGCCACCUGUUAUAUGUAUAUUGGUUCGAUUUGCUUCCUGGCAGUUGGGAGUUUUAGCGAAUAUAUGCUUAUCUGGAAUGUUUUUUAUUAUUUGUUGACUUUCUUUCUGAUUAGAGAGCAGCCCAUUCAGAUAAUAUUAUGACAUAUGAUCAUUGUUCAUGACUGACAAGGAUGGUUUCUGAACACGACUAGUACAGUUAGUGGCUUCUGAUGCAUGUAGAGUUGUCUUGGAAAUGGUUGGGCUAACUCACUAAGUACAGUCAGACACUAAAUUAAAUACUGAUACCAUGGAACAUGAUAAAUGUUCCCACUAUAACAUUAUAAAUUGAUACACAGAACAAGUUAUCAUGCAAGCAGAGUAAAGGAGAGAAAAAUAACUGAAUGAAUACUGUGCGAGGAUUGAAACCUCAGCCAGCUCUACAGAGAGCUCUGUUCUGUGAAUUUUUGCUUCUGGUGGACUGACUCUCAGGCUUUGUGUUUUAGGUAAUCCUUGUUCUUUUAGAUGGAUUCAGAAACAUUCUUUCAGUGAGUAUCUACCUGUUCAUGCCUUUAACCUUAUAGUACAAACAAUUCUGAAAGGCACUGUAAAAUGGUGUUUUGUGUUAAACACAUUGCAGUUAAUUUUUACCCUCAGUGGCAGAAUUGUGAUAUAUUUUAGAUAUUGACAAACCACAGAAGCAUACACUGAUCUAUAGAACAAAUUAUUUGUUUCUGCUCACUUGUUUGAGCCCGAAAAUUUUGGGCAUAGCAUGUUGUAGAUGUUGGGUAAAUGCAUUUUUGUUAUUUCAUAAUUUAACUGAGUGAAAUGUUCUACCCACAGACUGCUAGUCAAAGUGCUCCCAUCCUUGAACUGAUCUGCACCCAAAUGGAAGAGCAUGAUGGUAUGCAAAACAAUAUGGUUGUGUGCACACAUUAAAAUAUUAUGUCAAAAUGAAGCCAAAGUUCCAUUUAUUUAAAAAAUAUAGCCCUGUAAUUUAAUUUAGUUUGAAGAACAGCCUAAAAUUUGCCCUAAAGAAUUUCAGUGGCUUCUUUCUUUAAAGAUCGAAGUCUCUUUUCAUUGAAAAUAAGAAAUUGAACUAAUUCACAUGUGGAGUGAUUCAGAAAGUGACUGAUGUUCCUUUUUUACUUUCUUCAGGUGUCCAAAGAAUUGAGAGUUUACAGACACAUCAAAACUUUGAGGUGUACAAAGCUGCUCUGGCAAUAAUUGACAAAUUUUUCUCAGAGGAGGUAACAUUAAAAUCUUCAGACUUAGAUUUCUUGAAAACUGUGAGGUUUCAUUUCUACUUUAAAUGUUACAUUGUUUUUCAUCUAAGCAUGAUACUGCUAUAUUCAGUUCAGUGGAGACCUCUUUCGUGAAUUGCAGGCUUAGUUAUUAUACUUUUACCCACAUGCAAUUGCAAGCCCUGUUGCCCUCAUUUCAGAUUGAAAAAAUACAGUGUACUAUUAUAUAAACAGCUGAAACCCCAGAGAUGCUCAUUUUUGUGCACAAAAUAAGAGGCUCCCUGCCAGAGCUCUUUAUAGUGACAUCUAAUUGUCUGGUAACCCAAAAGAUGUUAGGACUCUGUUGUAAAUAAGUUGCUACAGUAAAAUCAAGCAAAUUUAGUUUUGACUUUGGCUUUUGAUCUAUGGCACUGGCUAAAGGACCUCUGGCAUCACAGCACUUAAAGGAAAAGGAAAUUGUCAAAUAAUUAUAGAAAAGAAACUCUUUGUGUUGGUUUAUGUCUUCAGAGUGCUGAGGAGACUGAGCAGAUUGCCCCAGAAGCUACAAGUGAAGGAUACAAGUUUGGAACUCCACAAUCUUUACCAAUGGGCGGAUUUCAUUUCUAAAAAUUUAUAUUCAUAAUUGACUAAACUUUUCAACAAGCAAAGGUGGCAAUUAAAAAAAUUAGGAUGCAAAAGAAGUUUAGAGUAGGAUUAUUGUGAGAAUAUGUCAGUUAAAAUAUUGCACUCUGCAAUGCUGAUAUGACACUGUAACUUAGGACAAUAGCUGUUGUCUGUAAAUAACAUGAAAAUUUUGUAUAAAAGCAAAGGGCUCUCAUAGGUUGUAAGAUGAAAAUGAGAAUAAAAACAUUUGACAAAAUCAAGCUUAUUUCUACUGUGUAAGUUUUAAAGGAAAUGAAAGGAAGGUUUAUGUAAUUAAUGGUUAAUCCCC